GAAGGGGCUGGCUUAGUGGGUUUAGACCUGACGACCAGAGAUCGGACAGUUAGGAGCUUGGGAGUGUGUCUGUUGGGUUACUUAACACAUUGAGUUGUAAAGAAAUCCGCCGUUAAAAUGUCUGAUGACGAACAAGAGCAAACUAUCGCCGAAGAUUUGGUAGUCACCAAGUAUAAAAUGGGAGGUGACAUCGCCAACCAGGCUCUACGAAUGGUGAUGGAGGCAGCCACAGUAGGGGUGUCGGUCCUCAGCCUGUGUGUGAAGGGGGAUGCCCAUAUCAUGGCAGAGACUGGGAAGGUCUUUAAGAAGGAGAAAGACAUAAAGAAAGGCAUUGCCUUCCCCACCAGCGUCUCAGUCAAUAACUGUGUUUGCCACUUCUCUCCCCUGAAGAGUGAUCCUGACUACACACUUAAAGAUGGGGAUCUGGUAAAAAUUGACCUUGGCGUCCAUAUUGACGGCUUCAUUGCCAAUGUUGCUCAUAGCUUUGUUAUUGGAGCCACUAAGGAGACUCCAGUUACAGGCCGUAAAGCAGAUGUGAUCAAAGCAGCUCACCUUUGUGCAGAAGCUGCUCUGCGCCUGGUCAAACCUGGCAACCAGAACUCUCAGGUGACAGAGGCUUGGAACAAGAUUGCCCAGUCAUUCAAAUGUUCACCAAUCGAGGGUAUGCUGUCUCACCAGCUAAAACAACAUGUCAUCGAUGGAGAGAAAACUAUCAUUCAGAACCCCACAGACCAGCAAAGAAAGGACCACGAGAAGGCAGAGUUUGAGGUGCAUGAGGUAUAUGCUGUUGAUGUGCUGAUCAGUACUGGAGAAGGAAAAGCCAGGGAUGGAGGACAGAGGACAACUAUAUAUAAGAGGGACCCCAGCAAGCAGUAUGGACUGAAGAUGAAGACCUCCCGCAUGUUCUUUAGUGAGGUGGAACGACGUUUUGACACCAUGCCUUUCACCCUAAGGGCAUUUGAGGAUGAAGCUAAGGCCCGUCUGGGUGUGGUGGAGUGUGCCAAACAUGAGCUACUACAGCCUUUCAGCGUGCUCAAUGACAAGGAAGGAGAGUGUGUGGCUCAGUUUAAGUUCACAGUGCUGCUGAUGGCCAAUGGCCCACAUAGAAUCACCAAUGGACCCUUUGAGCCUGAGCUCUACAAGUCAGAGCACGAGGUGCAGGAUGCUGAACUCAUGACUCUACUACAGAGCUCAGCAAGUCGCAAAACACAGAAGAAGAAGAAAAAGAAGGCCUCCAAGACAGUUGAGACAGCUACUGGACAGCCGACUGAGGAGACUGAGGCUGCAGAGUAGAUUCUACCUGUCUUUGGGAAACACGCAAACUCAUACCAACACCCCAAAUAACAGAACAUUUAUAAUUAGGAAAGGAAAUUACAUAUUUGCCAAUUGUCAUGUUUUUUUUGUCCCCAUAUGUUUUUCUGGUUUUGAGCCCACAAAAUAAAUCUGAUGGAUCAAAUUAUGAUCUUUUAUUGGAUGCACCAAACUUGUGGAAUACACAUUUGUUGGUGUUCUAUGCCGUUCUGGGGAUUCUCAAGUCCAAACACAAACAUUCACAAAGUUAAAGCCUCACAUCUAAGUAAACAACUUUACUUUUCCACAGAGUUUAUCUGCUCUGACCAUUGAUACUGUAACUGGAAUGAAAAAUGGGGAAACAUGUUUUGGAUUAUUAACUUUUUUUUUUAAAUGUGUUUUUACACCUUACUGUUGGGUUAUGCACCUGACUGAAAAUCUUGCUACAUAGGUAAUAUGUUAUGAACUUUCUAAAUUAAAAUGGUAAAAACAAACUGUUAAGAAAUAUUGUUUUGGCUAAAUUGUUCACAAUGUCUUGCCAGUUAUAUAUGGGUUCAAAAUGUAUUAGACGCUUGAUAUGGCAGUGUUGUUAAUGGAAGAUGUUAUUAAUGAUUGCAUAUAAUUCACUAUAAUUCACUUUAUGUGGAGUAUCAUUUAGUCUACAGAAUUCCAGAACCAACACCCAGCCUCCCUUUUGGAACACUGCUACACCUACUGCCAUCAGAUAUUAACCAAAUGUAUUUGAAAUCCCUUUAAAAUACUUUUACAGUUUAAAGUUUAUCUGUAAAGAUUAAAUUACAUUAUGGAUUUAGGGGGAAAACCUUAUCUACUAUUUAAAUGGUCCUGCGUGUUCUCAUCUGAUGAGUCGAUGUUGAUGACAUAAAGAAUGCAGCUGAAGGAAACAAAGUCAAAUUAAAGUCAGCACAUGUAAAAAGUGCUUUACAAUCUGACAAGAUCUGAAUGAGAAGAGUCCAGAUCGUCUGUGUCCCCCAACCCUGAGCUUCUUGAUUUAUAUCUGUUUUGCUGUUGGGCUUUUAUAAAAUGAAAUAAAUCGAUUACAUUUAUAUUCA